CGACGACGAGGUUGUCAAGCUGAAGCGUCAACACCAAUCCCUUUGGCGUGUCUUCUGUCUCGAGGAUACCUAUGAUAUCUUGACGACGAUUGCCCAAUAUGUUGUCAAGCACAAUCACCAGGUCGAUACGGGCGCCGGCAGUACGAAGCGCUCCUACGAGUCUUCGAAUAGCCUCAUCUACAAUAUGGAGUCGAUCUAUGGCACGGAAUAACCGCCCAAACCAGAACAACAAUAAUCAAAACCACAAGAAGCCGACAGACUUUUCGCGGCCUCCUGGUGCUCCUCAACCGUCACGGCCUAGCGCGUCUCCUGCUUUCACACAACCACAGCAAAGCAGCAGUAAAUCCGCAAAGCCAGAUUUCUCAAAGAAACAGCCCGAGUUCAACAAAGACGCCUCUCCAGAACGCAACACAGCUCCGCAAUCAUCCUCUCCUUCUGCCGCAGAUGGCGCAGAAUCCAAAUCUCAAAACCAACCCUUGCCGGAUCUCACAAAGGGUAUCCCAUCAACGCUGGAUUAUGAGACUACCGGCAGCACGAAGCCAUUCGGCUUGAACCUCACGGAAGCUGAGGAGUCCGAACCUGCGCAAGCUGCAGGUGGAGGGCGAGGGAAAGGGGAGCUGCCAGCUUCGGCAUACAUUUCAUCCUCGGAAAAGAAGCGAGCAAGAAUGGCAAACAUCAUGUACGCUUCGUUUGCAGUUUUCGCCGUGGCGGGAACUGUCUACCUAGGCCGAAACUGGGAGACGGAAGAAGAGGAGCAGAAACAUAAAGAUGAUGCACCUUCAGGGUGGGGCUUGGGACUGAUGUGGAACCGGGCGAAAGCACGGUUAGGGGACCAACUCAGUUACUACAACGAACCUGCAUUCCGCAAGCUGUUGCCCGAUCCUGAUCCAAUUUUUGAGCGUCCCUACACGCUGGUGUUGAGUAUGGAGGAUCUGUUAAUACACAGCGAAUGGACCCGAGAGCAUGGCUGGCGGAUGGCUAAACGACCUGGAGUCGACUAUUUUCUGCGAUACCUUAGUCAAUACUACGAGCUGGUCAUCUUUACGACUCAACCAUCAGCGCUAGCAGAUCCAGUCAUUCGAAAACUCGACCCCUAUCACAUCGUCACCUGGCCCCUGUUCCGAGAAGCCACCCUCUAUGAAAAUGGCGAAUACGUCAAGGAUCUCUCCUACCUCAACCGCGACCUCUCCAAAGUAAUCAUAAUUGAUACGAAGCCAUCACACGUCAAGAAGCAGCCCGAAAAUGCAAUCAUUCUCAAGCCCUGGGAGGGUGAUGUCAAGGACAAGGAACUCGUCUCCCUGAUCCCCUUCCUCGAAUACAUCCACACCAUGGCGUACUCAGACGUGCGAAAAGCCAUCGCCUCUUUCGCCGGUACCCACAUCCCGACGGAGUUUGCGCGCCGAGAAGCCAUUGCGCGCGCCAAGUUCCAGGAGCAGCUAAAGGAGGAGCAGAAGAAGAAGCCUAAGCACUCGGGACUGGGACUCCUGGGCAACGCUCUGGGGAUCAAGAGCGGCGGAAUGAUGGUGAUGCCGGAAGGCGAGCAGAGCCUCACAGAGGCGCUGGCGCAGGGCAAGAUGCUCCAGGACCAGGCGCGGGAGCGGGGUCAACGGAACUACGAGGCGCUAGAGAGGGAGAUCAGAGAGAACGGUGAGAAGUGGCUGAAGGAGGAGGCUCUUCAAGAGGAGCGAGCGAAGGAAGAGGGCAUGAAAGCCAUGAAGAGCGGCUUUACCGGAUGGUUUGGCGGCGGCCAAUCCAAAGAGCAGAAGUAAGAGAGGGCGUACAUCAGGACACAGGUGGCGGGCGCAUAUCUCUCAUCCCCCGAAAAUUCUUUCUUUCCUUCUCCCUUUCUCUUCCUCCCCACGCCAAGCCGUGCGUGUCGUCUCCCCUCCCUGUUUCAGCGGCAUAAUCGGUUUUCUUUUCAAGGAAGGCAGCAGUGCAUAUUCGUGUGUAUGUGUGUGUAUAGAACAAACAAACAAACAAACAUUCCAGGACGGGACUGGACUGGACUGGACGCUGGGGGCGGAAAACCUCGGCCGUUGUACAAUAGGAGAUAAGAUAGUACUGUAGUAGUGACACGAAUUACAAUGCACAAAUGUAGAGCAACGGAAACC